AUGUUACGCAGCAAGGAGAGCGAGGAUGUUGACAUCGAAGUGACUGUUUUAGAAGCGAUGGAUAGACCUGGUGGACGCGCUGUUACUUUGCAGUUUGCUGACGGUUUAGUAGAAGGCGGUGCCCAGUACAUCCAUGGAUGUGAGGGUAACCCUGUAUACCAGCGCGCCCAGCAAUCUCAUGCUGCAGACUUUGGAGAGUACAAGGAGAUCCUGGGCAAUGUCACGUUUGCUGACGGCUACAACCAGUUUGUGGAGACAUUCCUGAAGAACAUCCCUCCUGAGAGUCUGGUCUUCAGCAAGCCAGUGCAGCAGGUUGCCUGGAACCACGUCAAAGAAGAUAAUUCAAAAGGUAAGCCGAUCACCAUAACCUGCACAGAUGGAGACAAGUUUGAGGCGGACUACGUGAUCAACACCACCUCACUUGGUUACCUCAAGGAGAACGCCCGCACCAUGUUCUGUCCCCCACUUCCGACCCCCAAACUGGACCUGAUCUCGCGCAUGGGGUUCGGUACUGCGGGGAAGAUCUGGCUGGAAUAUAAGACGCCUUUCUGGGCGGAGAACUGGGGAGGCAUCUACCUGGUGUGGGAUGCCAAGCCCAGAGAUGUCCUGGUGGAUGAGUUCAAAGAGAAGGAAUGGUACAAACACUUUUACGCUAUUCACAGCAUCCAAGAUAAGCCCAAGCUGUUGAUGGUAUGGAUGUAUGGUCGAUCAGCUGAGUACAUUGAGACUCUGGAUAAUGACACCAUAGCCAAGACUCUGACAGGGGUUCUACGGGAGUUCCUGAAAAACCCCACCAUACCGGUUCCUGAACAAGUCCACAAGACACAAUGGCACAGCAACCCCUAUGUGAGGGGGUCGUACUCCUAUGUUGCAGCCGGGUCCUGUGGUGCUGAUAUCGAUGCUUUGGCUGAACCUGUGUAUGUUCCUGGAAAGAAUGGCCUUGAUCAACCUGCUAUCUGCUUUGCCGGAGAGGCGACCCAUCGUACCUUCUACUCCACUACCCAUGGUGCAAUGCUGUCGGGUCAGCGCGAGGCUGAGCGCAUCAUCAGGGAUGUUGAGCUCCGCGCCACGCCCAAGCCAACGGUCAAGGAUGAUGGGAACAUUCCAAAGAGAACUUCCGUUGAUGUGCUUGAUAGGAUUGAAAACCUGACACUGUAAAAGGAUAUAUGACUUUCUUCUCUGUAGCGUUAUAUACAGAAACUACGUGUUAUGACUUGACAGCUAUUCAUUGUUUUAACUGGAACUAAUGUACAUAAAUAUUGACAAGUCCUUUUGUACUUUGCACUCCUAAUUGUCCAGGGCUGUUUUAUAUGCACAUAGAUGAUGUCAUCUAUGUUAUCAUAAUUUCAUGUUUUCACGUGUUUUCAUAAUAAGAUUUUACAUGUAAGCCCUACACAAUUUUUACCCUCUACCUCCUGCAAGUCUUCAAGUUUGCAUCAUAUAAAAUAAAUUAUGUCUGAUUCAAGACAUAGUGGAAAGAGUUAUGAAAAAUUAAUGUGCCUAAAUAACAGUAAUCUGAAUAAUUUGGGGCCAUGAUCUGACUUUUUCACCAGGCUUUAUUUUGUCAAAAGUGUAGGGUUAGGUUUGGGGUUGCAAUAGGUAUAUAAUAACGUUAAUUUCUUCCUUUUUUUGUGCUAUAUCAUUUGCUGCAUUUCAAAUGACAAUCAGUCUCAAACUCUUUAUAACUUUUUAAACUAUGUGCCUUUUUUAUAAUAUUGUGCUUUCUUUCUGACCCAUUAUAUAUAAAAUGUGCCCAAACAUUCCAGCUUCAUUAAUGUCUUCAAGAUUGUACUUUAUAUUUUGGAGCUAUUGCUCAAUUCUGUCCACAUACACGUACUGGGAUAAUAAUUAAAGACAAAGUUGGUUAUUGGUGGUUAUUUUACCUGACUGCUAAGAAAGCAUAAAUGCUUGUAAAUGCUUGUAAGUAAGCAACCAGAAGGCCGGUGGCUUUAGGUCCUCUCCGAGGGACCUGGUAAUGAGGAUUAAUGCCUUACCAAAGGGCAUAGCGCAUCGACUAGAUUACGAACCCGGGUCAUUGGAUUACGAGACCACUGCUCUACCAACUGAGCUAUCGCGCCUCCCAAGAGCAAGACCGGGAAAUGAGAACAGUUUUGUUUCUGCGAUUAAUCUCAUCGUACAAUGUAUGUUCAAUAUAUCUUACGUAUAUGUACACUGUAGCCUUUGUGUUUUUAGGCACAAUUUAUUGGCUGCUCUAAUACUUUGCAGUUAGUUUGCAGAUAAGCCUAUAUACCCAGAAUAAUGGGAAAUCCUUGAAAAUUGUAAAAUCAAUUGAAAUCAUGUGUACCUCAUAUUAUUCAGGAUGUAGAUUUCAUCCCACAUGAAAUACUGCAAAAAAUAAAUUUACACUUAAAAACAUAUUCCCUGUACAUAUUUCCAACAAACAUUGGUAAAAGAAGUUUCUUGUAGGAUGUAUGUCUCUAUGAUUCUUUGUAACCUGUUAUAUGUAUUUGGUUGAAAGUGUGCCAAUUGGACAUGGCUCUUUGGUCAAACAGAGCACAGCGUAGCAGCAACCAACAAGUAUAACUUUUUAUAUCUAACAACAAAUAUUUGGUUAGAUUUUUUGCUGAUUAGACUAGGCCUUCAGGCACCUCUGCUCUGGCCUAAUGGGGGUAGUAUUGUAUAUUAAAAGGUUAAUUUGAAAUGAGAUUUGUUUAAAAUAUUUAGGCUGAAGCUUUGACAUUGAACUUUACCCUGGGGUUCAAUUGAUUUUGAGCUGAUAAUGGCAAUUUUUUAUGAUGUCAUAUGUUGCUGCCAUGCAUGCAUUCAGCUGCUGUGCAUAUUGGCCAUGUCGGUGCUUAUUGUAGUGGUAACAAGAUUUAAUCUUAUGUACAUUGUGUGUACUAAACCAGAUGACCGAUUAAUAGCAACCCAACUAUAUCAGAGCUUCAGUACAAAUCCAUUUUAGUCCUGACAGAAUGAUGAUAACUUUAUUGAGUUAUAGGCAAAUGGGGAAAGGAGGGGGGGGGGGGGGGUGCUCCAUGCCCUUCUCCCCAUAUUGAGAGAGAAGCAUGACAAAUGAUUUUCAAAGGCUAAUAAUUAGGGGAAGGGGGAGUCCAGUGGCACUCAUUUUGUAGCUUCAGAUGGUCAGCAAUUAAGAUUCCUGGAAUCACUUUUAAAUUUGUCCAUGAAUUUUUUGUUUUGCUCCAAUCAACCCCCCCCCCCCCCCCCCUUCUCUUGUAGAGAGAUCCUGAAAAGAGCUAGCAGGAUAUUCCAUGUCACAUUCCUUGUAAAAACAAUUUUUUGGUGAAAAUUUACCCCCCCCCCCCCCCCCCCCCCACCUUCUGAUUGUCAUGGAUACAACCUGUUUAAAUGAUACACCCAAUGGAAGGAUCAGUUUACAUGUAGGAACAAGAUAUUUAUAAAAAAAA